UGAGCCAGCCCAGCUCACCGUCGUCCAGACCCGCGCUCGCUCUCUGCCCGUCCCCCUGACACGCAGCAGCAGCAGCAGCAGCAGCAGCAGCCAUGAAGAGGCAAAACGUGCGGACCCUGGUCCUCAUCAUCUGCACCUUCACCUACCUGAUCGUGGGCGCGAAGAUUUUCGACACCUUGGAGUCGCAGAUGGAGACGAGCCAGAGGCGGGAUGUGUACCUGCGCCGGGCCGAGCUGCUCCACACCUUCAACUUGUCCACGGUGGACUUUGACAGGCUGGAGAAGGUGGUGCUGCAGCUCAAGCCUCACAAUGCCGGCGUGCAGUGGGAAUUCGCCGGCUCCUUUUAUUUCGCCAUCACUGUGAUCACCACUAUAGGAUACGGCCACGCGGCCCCCAGCACAGAUGGAGGGAAGGUGUUCUGCAUGAUCUAUGCUCUCCUAGGCAUCCCCCUGACCUUGGUCAUGUUCCAGAGUGUGGGCGAACGCAUCAACACCUUCGUUAGGUUUCUUCUCCAUCGCCUGAAGAAGUGCCUUGGCAUGAGGCGGACUGAGGUCUCCAUGGUCAACAUGGUGACGGUGGGCUUUAUAUCGUGCAUGAGCACCCUGUGUGCGGGGGCGUUGGCAUUCUCCCACUUUGAGGGAUGGAGCUUCUUUCACGCCUACUACUACUGCUUCAUCACUCUCACCACCAUCGGCUUUGGCGACUACGUGGCGCUGCAAAACGACGAAGCCCUGCAGAACAAGCCGGACUACGUGGUCUUCAGCUUCAUCUACAUCUUGACGGGCCUGGCCGUGAUUGGAGCCUUCCUCAACUUAGUCGUCCUCCGCUUCAUGACUAUGAAUGCCGAGGAUGAGAAAAGGGACGCCGAGCAGAGGGCUCUACUCGCUCAUAACGGCCAGGCCGGCAGACACAUGCGCUGCGCCGUAGACCAAGCGUCUCCUUCCUCCACAGCGUCAGGGUGCGUCGGAGGGAGUGCGAUGGGAGGCGGCGGCGGAGGAGCGGCCAGCCGGGGACUGCGUAACGUUUAUGCCGAGGUGCUCCACUUCCAGUCCAUGUGCUCUUGCCUUUGGUAUAAGAGCAGAGAGAAGCUGCAAUACUCCAUCCCGAUGAUCAUCCCGCGUGACCUCUCCAACUCUGAUAGCUACAUGGAGCAGGGAGAAGCCUUCUCCAACCCCCUUCAUUCCAACGGCUGCAUGUGCGGUCUGCAGCCCCACUCUGGCAUCAGCUCAGUGUCCACUGGUCUCCACAGCAUCAGUGUAUACAGGAGACUUAAUAAAAGAAGGAGCUCCAUCUAGACAACUGGGAGAAGGCACAAUUAUAAGACCACUUGGAAGUACCAUGUGGUAAAGGGAGUGUGGUACCAGAUUAGCUCUGGACAUCAGGAGAUCACAACUUUGGUCCUAAAGAGACUCCCGGUGUUUGCGUCUCUGUUGUUCAAUAGAGCAGUCAUGAAACAGGUGUCACAAACUAAGCACAAAGUCAUUUACAAUUAGAGAGCAGAACUCAGUGUUGACGGGCAGUAGCUUAGCUUGUCUGCCUCACAGUUCAGAGGUCAGGGGGUUCUAAUCGUGGCUACGGCCUUCCUGUGCCAGGUAAUCCAGCUUCCUCCCGUAUUCUGAAAAUGUGUGUCAUAGGUUCAUUAGAGACUCUAAAUUGUCCAUAGGUGUGGAUGAGAGUGUGGAUGAUUGGUUCGCUAUAUGUGGCGUGGGAUUGGAUGUUGACCAGUCCAGGCUGUACCUCGCCCCUCGCUAAAUCAGCUGGGCUAGGCUCCAGGUCACCCGCGACCCUACUGAGGAAAGCGGUGGAGAAAAUGGAUGGUCUGACCUCUGCCAAGGCCAAAUACAGUAAUGCUGAUUUGGAUCAACACCAAAUUCUAUACCUUUUUGAUACCUAUCUUCUGUAAAACACAGAUAAUUUUUAUUCUGAUUUAUACAUCUUUUUUGUUCAAAGUUAGGGGAAGUGUAGGAUUAAAAAAAAGGUAAUUAAGUACAGUGGAACCUCUAUAAAAUGGACCCCGAUAUAACGGAUAUCGGUUAAAAUGGACCAUCAGCACCGAACAAUGUGUCCAGAAAUAGUUUCCAUGAGACACUUUAACUGCCAUUGGCAAAGUGUGUUAGUUCCAGAAUUGGGCGCUGUUGUUUACUGGCACUGUGGCGCAAUUCAGGCAGAGAACGGGACAUGGGACUGAGUAUUUCCGGGUCACAGAUAUACAUUCAUCCAUCCAUCGAUCCAUCCAUUUCUGAGCUUUUUUUUUUUUAAUCUUAUUUAUUUUCCAGCUCUUGCCCUCUCCUCCCCUAACAAGCAGAGCCGUGAAGAAGAAUUCCCUGGUAAUCUGUCAGUAUCGGUCUGAAGUGUGUGUUCUUUAGGGUGUUGACACCAUGCACAUUCUACAUAAUGGAGAGUGACCAGGUUGAAUACAAUAACACUAAGACUGAAAAUAAAAAAAAUAAAAAAAAGAAGGGGGCACCAUCAGAUAACAGGGCAGCAGUGGGUGGGUGGGGGGUUUCAUGAGCGAUGAGCCAAGUGACAUGCUUGAUUAAAUUUGUGGUCCUCAGGGCAGGGUGGUCCAAAUACUGCAGGUCAAGAAAACAACCAUGACUUUAAGAACAUCUUCUCAGAUAUAAGACGAGGAAAAUAACCGUAAUUUCCGGUUUAUGCAUUAUCACUUUAAGCCUGAAAAACAUGAACUUUACGAGAAGGUAGUGCUUUGGCGUCUUUAGGACACUGGCACCAAGCAUGAGUCAGCAAGAAUUCGGAACAUCCAUCCAUCCAUCCAUCCAUUUCCUGAGCCGCUUCUCCUCACAAGGGUCGCGGGCGUGCUGGAGCCUAACCCAGCUAUCAUCGGGCAGGAGGCGGGGUACACCCUGAACUGGUUGCCAGCCAAUCGCAGGGCACAUACAAACAAACAACCAUUCGCACUCACAUUCACACCUACGGGCAAUUUAGAGUCUCCAAUUCAUGCAUGUUUUUGGGAUGUGGGAGGAAACCGGAGUGCCCGGAGAAAACCCACGCAGGCACGAGGAGAACAUGCAAACUCCACACAGGCGGGGCCGGGGAGUCGCCCAAUGUGCCGCCCACAGAUAUACAAUAUACUGUAUUUUCGCGAUCAUAAGACACACCGUAUUAAAAGGCGCAGUCUCAGUUACGGGGUCUAUUUCUGUAUUUAACACAUACAUAAGGUGCACCGUAUUAUUUGGCACAGGCAUGGUAAAACAUAUACUAGUUUAAA